UUUAUGAUCAGUGCUUUUGUUCUCCUAUCUGAAUCAAACUCCUGCCCUGGAGAUUUCUUUCUCAAGCAAGAAGAGGAGAUCAGAGCGGGACUGGAAUCACUGAAGCCAGCUUGGAUCUUCCAGAAACUGACGUCAUUUAACAGUCUUCAGAAGGAGUUGGAAGGGUAGUGAGGGGGAGUCUGGGUGAGGGGAACAGGAGGGAAGACACUGAACAUGGCUGCCAUGAUGAAGAAGAAGCAAAAAAAAGAGGACAAAGCCAACCUCAUUGCCAUGGCGAUGCAGCCAGACCUGAACUACGGCAGCAUGGUUACUGAGGAACAGGUCACUGCCCCGGACAGGAACGUGCUCAGCGAUGGGGUCACCCGCAUUGACUUUGUGCUGGUGUGGGAAGAAGGACUCCCAGAGAUGAAGGGUGAGAAAACAGAAGAAAAGGCGUCCCAUUCUCAUAAGGAUUCACACAGGAAGUGGAGGGAAAACUUCCUGACCAAGCUGCAGGCUGCAGGCAUCCUUCUAGAGAAGAUGGUGGUGGAUAAUGACACAAAGCAGAUCACCUAUGUGCUCCUCAGUGCCCCCUGGAGUGUGUUGUGUUACUACGCUGAGGACAUCAGCCUCAGAGUUCCCUUGCAGGAGGUUCCUCUCAAAACAUGCAACUGGUCGGAAAAGUUCCUUCGGAAACUGUCCAUCCCCAACCUGAUGGCUGAGGAUGUGCCCAACCAGCCACCAGACUUCUAUGCCUGCCAGUUCCACGCACACAAACUGGACAGGUAUUUGGGUAGCGACAAUAAGGACACUUUCUUCCAGAACACCCAGAGACACGAGAUUGUAUAUGAGAUUUUGGCCAGGACACCCUAUGGAGUGGUGAAGAAAGGAGAGGUCGGAAUCGACAGACUGGUCAACGAGAAAGUCUUUUCAGCAGCAUACCCUCUUCAUGAGGGUCCGUUUGAGAUGCCUGAGGGUGAUGUAGACCCAAAGACCUUGAGCCUGCGCCAGAUUCUGCACCACUACUGGGCACGCUGGGGCUGCUGGAGGAAGUACCAGCCCCUGGACCACGUUCGCCAGUACUACGGGGAGAAGAUCGCUCUGUAUUUCGCCUGGCUGGGAUUCUAUAUAGGUUGGCUGUUGCCUGCUACUGUGGUGGGAACAGUAGUGUUCCUGUUUGGAAUUUGGGUUGUGGUUACUGAUGUGCCAGCUAAAGAGCUUUGUGACAGUGGAGGCACCUACAUUAUGUGUCCCCUCUGCGAAACCUGUACCUACUGGAACCUCUCCAGCAUCUGCUUGACCUUCAAGGCAGGGCUGCUGUUUGACCACGGGGGAACAGUGUUCCUCAGCGUCUUCAUGUCUCUGUGGGCUGUAGCCUUUCUGGAGUACUGGAAGCGCACCAACGCUGUCCUGGCCCACCGCUGGGACUGCUCUAACUUUGAGGAGACCGAUGAACGCCCAAGGCCAGAGUACUGUGCCUUGGCGCCCAUGACCAUACGUAAUCCUGUGACGGGUGCGGAAGAGCCCUACUUCCCUGAGGGCACUCGGUUCAGACGCAUCCUCACCGGCUGCAUGGCCAUCGUCAUCAUGAUUGCGGUCGUCGUGAUGUUUCUGAUUGGCAUCAUCAUAUACAGAACCAUUUUGCACAUCAUCAUCUCCAAGUCCAAAAAUACCUUCUUCAUGUUCUCUGCUGGGAGGAUAGCCAGCAUUACCGGCUCUGUGCUCAAUCUCAUAGUGAUCCUGUUGUUGUCCCAAGUGUACAUCUCCCUGGCCCGAGUGCUGACACGCUGGGAGAUGCACCGCACUCAGACAAAGUAUGAGGAUGCUUUUAUCCUGAAGGUCUUCAUAUUCCAGUUUGUCAACUUCUACGCGACUCCCAUAUACGUAGGCUUCUUCAAGGGCAGGUUUGUCGGUUACCCUGGAAAUCACCAAACUCUCUUCGGAAUUCCUAGUGAGGACUGUGGUUCUGGAGGCUGUCUGAUCGAGCUUGCACAGGAGUUGCUGGUCAUCAUGGUGGGAAAACAGCUGAUCAAUAAUGUCCAGGAGUUUGUGUGUCCAAAGUUGAAAACCUGGUGGAAUAAGCGUAGGUUCCACAAGAGUGAGGAGAGGAACAGCGAGUUUGAGGGUGUUGAUGGGGGGCAAGGGCAGGGGAAGGGCACCACGCCCUGGGAGACUGAUUACCAGCUGCUGCUGUGUGAAGGGCUGUUCAGUGAAUACCUGGACAUGGUGGUGCAGUUUGGAUUUGUCACCAUCUUUGUGGCAGCACUCCCACUGGCGCCCCUCUUUGCCCUUAUCAACAACUGGAUAGAGUUGCGUCUGGACGCUCAAAAGUUUGUGCGAGAGUACCGCCGACCUGUCGCAAACCGUGCGCAGGAUAUUGGGAUCUGGUUCGAUAUCAUGCAGGUCAUCACACGUCUGGCGGUCAUCAGCAACGCCUACCUGAUCGCUUUCACCUCUGACUUCCUACCUCGCCUCUACUACCGCUAUACCACUGAAAGAAGCCUGAAGGGUUAUGUCAACUUCUCCCUCUCCUUCGCCCCCGACAGCUUUGCCAAGAACCACACCCAGUGCAGGUAUCGAGGCCACAGGGACCAUAACGGAAACCUGCUGCCUGAAUUUUUCCAACUUCUGGCUAUUCAAUUGGCUUUUGUCAUCAUAUUUGAGCAUGUGGUGUUCUUUAUAGGAAAUUUAAUUAACAUGAUGGUUCCUGAUAUUCCGGAGGAGGUGGAGAUCACACUAAAGACGGAGUAUUACAUGGCCAAGGAGGCGCUGGCUGAGAACCAGUCCCCGGGAAGGAAGAUUUUACUGGAGGAGAAGGAGAAAGAGGGACCUGAACUGCGGAGAAGACAUAAACCUGACGCCUCCACCUCUUUGCCACGGGACACUGACUCUCCACCACCCUUACUAACCCCCGUCCGUGAGGAACAAGAUUGACCCUCCACCUGACCCCAGACCCCUGAAACCCAGGGGUGGUGCUGGGUAAAAAAGUUGCCGUGGUGGGCAGCUGCUUCUUGGUGCAUAUGUUUACAUUGAAAGAUUGGAAGAAUGCCAAUAAGGCAAAGCAAUAUUUAUAGUCUGAGGAUGAAGGCGAUUCAGUUCCCUGCAUAUGAGGUAUAUAUACUCUGUUUCUUCCUAGUGGUCAGAUGCUGCCGCUAUUUUAUUCCUUCACAUAAUACACUACUGAAUGGUGGAAUUUCCUUUUCCUCAUUGGAUGUAUAGUAUGUACCCAAGCAAUGCGCUGACAUCUAUGAACAAUUUGAUAUCACAAUAAGCAGUAAUGUAAAGCCUAACUCUUAGCUUUUCCUAUUAUCUAAACUCCAUGCAUUGACAGAGAGUCAUGUUCCCUUGUUGUGCAAAAUGAUGAUAGAGCAUAGACAUACUUCAUUCAUUCAAAAACCUCCAGGAAUGAGACUAUGAAAACUUACUAUAUGGAAGAUGUAGAGUGGUACAAUAAGACUAUUUGGUACCGUAUCCCAUUUUAUCCCUCUUUAUCAAUGGGGGGUGGGGGAAUGAAUGAGAGGAACAGUUUCAAACACCAAUACAUUUGUUUAAUUAAGGGAUAAUUGGUAUCUGUUUACAUGCUUUCGCCCCAAAAUGUUGAGAAACUGAUUUAAAAGUUAUAAUUUGCAUGUUCAUAAUACAUGGUGUGAAGAUUACCAUAUUAAAUUGAUUCUGAA